AUGGCUAGACGGCGACAGACAGAAGGCCAGACGCCCACAGACAGAACGCCCUCAGACAGAAGGCCAGACGCCCACAGACAUGGCCAGACGGCGACAGACAGAAGGCCAGACGCCCACAGACGGCCAGACGCCCACAGACAGACAGACAAGGCCAGACGCCCACAGACAGAACGCCCUCAGACAGAAGGCCAGACGGCGACAGACAUGGCCAGACGGCGACAGACAGAAGGCCAGACGCCCACAGACGGCCAGACGCCCACAGACAGACAGACGGCCAGACGCUCACAGACAGAACGCCCUCAGACAGAAGGCCAGACGCCCACAGACAGAACGCCCUCAGACAGAAGGCCAGACGCCCACAGACAGAACGCCCUCAGAAGGCCAGACGCCCACAGACAGAAGGCCAGACGCCCACAGACAGACGGCCAGACGCCCACAGACAGACGGCCAGACGCCCACAGACAGACGGCCAGACGCCCACAGCCAGACGGCCAGACGCCCACAGCCAGACGGCCAGACGCCCACAGACAGACGGCCAGACGCCCACAGACAGACGGCCAGACGCCCACAGACAGACGGCCAGACGCCCACAGACAGACGGCCAGACGCCCACAGACAGACGGCCAGACGCCCACAGACAGACGGCCAGACGCCCACAGACAGACGGCCAGACGCCCACAGACAGACGGCCAGACGCCCACAGACAGACGGCCAGACGCCCACAGACAGACGGCCAGACGCCCACAGACAGACGGCCAGAUGCCCACAGACAGACGGCCAGACGCCCACAGACAGACAUUACCUGAAUAA